AUGGCACGCGUGUCACGGGUGGCACACGAGCCAUAUCUGCGGCACAUGAGCCGUCAGCUCCAGCAGCAUGCACGGGCCAGCCAGCUGGAAAUUCGUGGAUUCAAGAAGAGGUUUGAAAUGCCAGGGGAUAACAAUCUCCAUUUUUCCCCAUUAUUAUUAUUAUAUUUUAAGGAGAAGAAUACAACGACGUCUGUUCAAGAUGAAUUUAUGGAGUUACUUUUGUGGGGCAAAGCAAGUGUUGAACUUCAAGCUCUGCUAAUGAACCAGCUCACCGUCAAGGGUUUAAAAAAGCUUGGACAAUCGAUGGAAUCGUCCUACUCCAGCAUCCAGAAACUUGUGAUAAGUCACCUGCAGAGUGGGUCGGAGGCCUUGCUCUACCACCUGAGCGAGCUGAAAGGCAUGGCUUUGUGGAAGCAGAAGUACGAAUCUCUUGGCUUGGACGCCUCCGGAAUAGAAGAGGCAAUUACUGCAGUCGGUUCCUUCAUUCUGAAAGCGAACGAGCUGCUCCAAGUUAUAGACAGCAGCAUGAAAAACUUCAGUUUCUUCCGUUGGCUUUAUGUAGCCAUGCUACGGAUGUCCGAGGACCCUGUUCCCCCUGAACUGAACAAGAUGACUCAGAAAGACAUUACUUUUGUAGCUGAUUUUCUCACGGAGCACUUCAAUGAAGCACCGGAUCUCUACAGUCGUAAAGGGAAAUACUUUAACGUCGAAAGAGUCGGGCAGUAUUUAAAAGACGAAGACGAGGAUCUGGUGUCUCCACCGAACACAGAUGGAACCCAGUGGUUCAAUUUCCUUCCAAAACAGCAACGGCCCUUAAGAAGCCCAUUGCUGUUUCCCUACUACCCACAAAAAUCGCUGCAUUUUGUAAAGAGGAGAAUGGAGACAAUCAUUGAGCAGUGUCUCCAAAAACCAGCUGUGAGUAUCAGAAGUCUAUCAGAUUUGGGGGCUGUGAUUGGAAAAACCUGUCCACACAGGCGUUUUGUAUGCCUUUAUACAGGCCCUCCCAAAAGGUGGCAUGACAAAUCGUACAAUUUGCAUUACGUUUUAUUCACGAUGUUCGAGAACUCGGUUUCCAAACUCUACAUACUGCGAAGGCAUACAGACAUUACAAGGUCCACUAAUAACGGAUUGCUCGCUGUGGAGUUUGGAAAUUUUCUGAACAAAAGCGUUAGCGAAAGUAAUGAAAGCAGCUCCUACAGCUGUCUGGAUGCUCAUUUUUACGACGACGAAACGAUAACCGUCAUCCUGGUGGAGAAUUCAGACCAAGAGGGGAAGGAACGUAUCUUGGCCCAGUUACCUUUGUCAUCCAUCUGCACGGAGGAGAACCAGGAAAUGGAGUUUAACUGGAAUUCUGGUCAAAGGUUAGACAUGCAGCGGGACGGCAUUCCCACCUGCACCGUGACCGCAGAGACUCAGUGGAGGGUGCUGGAGAACAUGAAAGCUAGCUACGUCACCGUCAACGGCAUCCGGAAAGUGUCUUGCGUGCUAAGUUCGAACCUGCGGCACAUCCGCGUGUUUGAAAUGGAUGAAGACGAUGGAGAAGCGGAGGAGGAAGAGGAGGAGGAAGGCCCUCAGGCUCUCAGCCUACCCCAAGAAGAACUCAACCAGUCAACAGACACGGCCGAAGGAGAAUAGGUCUUGGCUCAGCUGGACGCAUUUAUAUGUCUUUUUUCAAGUUUGCCGGCGUAACACGGAGGACGGCUGGGGAAGUAACCUCUUAACUGUGGCCGCCUCAUCUUCAAAACACAGUGUAAAGGAAAAUAAAUAGAGCUCUUUAUUUUGUAA